AUGGACACAAUUAUCCCUAAAGCUUUAAAAAGAGGGGACACAAUCGCCUUUAUCUCGCCCUCCGCGCGCCUCAAUGACAUCCUACCCACUCCCCUCGCGCGAGGAAAAGCUUGCCUGGAGUCCCUAGGUUUCCGCGUGCAGAUCAUCUUCACUAGCCUAACAACAACCACUAUUACACAAUCAGUUCGCAUUCGAUGCGAAGAAUUCCAUGCCGCAUUCCGCGACAAUACGAUUGCGGCCAUUAUUUGCACAAUUGGUGGCUCUCACGCCAAUGAAAUGCUGCCUUUUCUCGAUUAUUCCCUUAUUAAAUCGAAUCCGAAGAUAUUCGUCGGCUACAGUGACACUACCUUCCUCCAUUAUGCGAUUCAAUCUCGAACCGGCUUGCGCACAUUCUACGGACCUAGUGUUCUAACAGAUCUUUCUGAUUUCCCCAAGCCCAUACAAUUCACAAUCGACCACUUCCUUCGUGUGCUGACUGAGGUGGGGAAUCCGGUGGGGCCACUUCCUCGAUCGCCUAUCUGCUCAGUGGAGCACAGCGACUUCCUUCUUGGAAAUGAGACAUCCGACAAAGUGCGCGAAGUCAUUGAAUCGCCGUCGUGGCGGUGGCUCCGGAAAGGCCGAGCUACUGGAAAUCUAUAUGGGGGUACUAUAACCUGUGUAGUGCGACUUCAGGGGACUAACUACGCUCCUGCCUCCUGGAAAGGUAACAUACUUUUUCUUGAGUCUGCGAUGGGCGAUAAUCUGCAACUUCCGUACUCUGUGUCUGGGUUCCGCAAUAACCUUGUCGAUCUUGCUCUGUCUGGCAUGUUACAUGAGAUUAGGGGUCUGGUUGUUGGACGAGGAUACAAAUAUGAUGGCCUUAUGCAGGAUGAGCUUGCUGGUGUGAUCGAGGAGGUUUUUGAUGUGAUCGUCGGUCGAAGUCGUGAGGAGGAGCUACCGAUCUUGAUGAACGUCGACUUUGGCCACACAAGUCCACUCCUAACUUUACCCAUCGGUGCACUCGUCAGACUAGACUCUGAUAUGGAUAAGUUUGAGAUCAUGGAGCCUGGAGUGCAGGCUUGA